AUGAGGCAUAAGCACCACAUCAAUGCAUGUUACCUCUGCCUUGCCAACAAUGAAUCAUUGGAUCAUUUAUUCUUCCAGUGUGAGUACUCAAAGGAGAUUUGGUCAUUUAUUCAGCACACAAUUGGGCUUUACAUUCAACCUUCUUCAUGGAGUGAUUUGAUCUUAUGGUGCUCUGCACAUUGGAGUUCAAAAGGUUUCUUGGUUCAUAAAUUAUUACUCUCUGCUGCUGUUUACUUCCUUUGGUUGGAGAGGAACAAUAGGGCCUUCAGGAAUGCAUCAUCAUUUCCAUCCACAAUCAUUGGUCAGAUCAUGAAAUGUAUCAGAGGUAGGCUGGCAUCAAUCAAAUUGAGGAAAGCAUCGGAUUUGAGGAAUAUCAACAGGCUUGAAGACCUUCAGCAGCUUUUCAUGGAUGGUUGCAUCUAUGCCAAUGCAUAG